AUGCCAGCAUCUAGACCCGAAAGGGCACUGGACCUGUUUAUUACCAACGUAGAGUAUACUGUGCAAGAGUCUGGUUCAUUCGAUACGUAUCGCAGUGCGUUUGGGAUCAACGGAUGUUUGCCACGUGUCCCAGUCAUACGCGCGUACGGUGCAACACGGCAUGGUCAGCGGUGCUGCUUGCAUGUUCAUAAUGUGUUUCCUUACCUCUAUAUCGAAUACCAUGGAUCUCUAGAACCUACGAAUGGUACGUGUCAGAUAAGAGGAUUCGCUGACCCUGAUGUAGUGCUGGAUUACAUUGAUGAGCUUGGCCAUGCGGUGCAGACAGCAAUAGCGGCCUCGUUACGCCUGUCACCAACACGGAAGCACUUUCUUGCGGCUAUUCAUUUAUGCAAAGGAACGCCUUUCUAUGGGUACCAUGUGCGCCCUGCAUAUUACUUGAAAAUCUCGUACGUGGACCCGGCUAUACGUCACCGGCUGAGAGCGCUUCUGGAGCAAGGCCACGUCCUCAAUACGGUGUUUCAGCCAUAUGAAGCGCAUGUACAGUACCAUCUCCAAUGGAUGAUGGACUACAAUGUGUAUGGUUGUGACUGGAUGCAUAUCGAAAGUGUAUCAUACAGGUCAUCAGUUGACAAAGCCGUACCUCAAGAUAGUUACUGUGCAGUGGAAGCAGACACAUGGGCGCAUAGCAUAAAAAAUCGGCGCUAUAUUCAUGCAUCUGAGCCUGGAGGGUCGCAGCCAUCAUUGAAUGUUCAAGAGGACCCUGUCGUGCCGAGUCUGCGUGCGCUAUGGAGCCAAGACCGCGAGCGCCGCGCCUACUGGGAUCUGGGACCCACGCCACCGUCUGCGAUGGAUGAGCGCGAGUGCCGCAGUCGUUUGCCAGCGGCAGACAUGCAGUGGGAUGCAUCGCCGCGACUCAAUGCCGCUUGGCACGAGCGUGUGGGACGAGCUUACCGAGAUCAUCACGAUGUCGCUGUACACGAGCUGGACAAGUACGUACUUGCAGCCUAUCAGACGGUGGAACUCUUUCACGAGAAUGGCUAUGACCAUGUGGGAUGGGAGGACGAGUCAGGUCGCUCGGCCAAGAUGUUUGAUUAUGCGCAGUCGCAGACAAGUUCAUUGAUGGGAACGACACAGGCGACACCUAUACCGGAACCCACGUCGCCGCCAAACUUUUCCUCGCACGAGACAAGUGACUUUGUGCCGUCAACAUUUCCGAAUGAAUCACCGAUACCCGUACCAGUGUCUCAAACAGAUCGGUUGCCCCAGCGGUCGCCAGUGCCGCCUUUAGCACUGGCAGCGCUGGCGGCACCGCCUAUGCAGCUGCCGACAUGCAUGCCAAGUUCCUUGUACACAUACAAAGUGCCACCACCGACACAGGUCCAGCUUGAGGAUUCUUGGUCACAGUUUCAGCAGCCGCGCGUUCUAUAUGAGACAUGCCACUAUUCAAGCACGGCGGACGUGCCGAGACAGGCACACGAGUACGGUGGUCAGGUCAAGACACUUCCGUCGACAGGGCUUGACGGACUGGAUGGAUUCCGCGGCUCUACCUCGUCGCGUGUCGCUCGCAGCCUAAGUCAGAUUCGGUAUUGGCAAUGGGCGCAUGCGCCGCCAUCACAAGUGGAUGUCCAGGCGUGGCUCACGAUGCAGGACACGAAAGAACAGGGUGAUGAACAAAAGCGCCACUACAAGCUUCAAGCGAGAAAUGCUGACUUACUUACCGGGCGGGCGAAGCGGGCCGAUCAGGCUGUGUCUUGGCAGCACGAGCCAAGUCUUUCGGAUCCAUCGCGCCGAUCGUGUGCUGGACGAAGUCCACCGCUGGAAAAGAAGCAUCUCUCAACGCUGUGUAUGGAUCUUCUCGUUUGCACACGCGGCGAUCUUGGGCCAGACUCGAUGCGUGAUCCUAUCUCAGCAGUUGUGUAUACAUGGAUGGACGAGGCACAAUCCGAUGUUGAUUUCAAGCACGCUCAGCAUGGUAUGCAUCAUAAUAGCGAUGCCGAUGGCCAUGCCUGUGACUGGCAGCAGGAAGCAAGACAUGCAAGUCGCUCAGGCAUCAUUCUCGUGCGCGAUUCAGGCCUUCCUAUCAAGCUCGGCUUGCGCGAGCCUAUCACAGUCGUUGAUUCAGAGGUAGCUCUUUUCCACAAUCUCGUCGAUCUCGUGCGUAUGUGGGAUCCCGAUAUCUUGGCCGGCUAUGAUGUGGCCCGGACGUCCUGGGGCUUUCUAGUGCGCCGAGCUAGUGCGGUGCCCGCUCUGGACAUGGACAUUGUGUAUGAGCUUGGACGCAUGCGGACACAGAGUGCUGUGGGUGCGAUGACAGACUGGAGCGCAUCAACGACGUCAUCGUUGCGCAUAUGUGGGCGCCAUGUCCUGAAUGUGUGGCGUCUCAUGCGCACACACAUAGCUCUCACACAGUACACGCUUGAGCAUGUCGUCAUGAAUGUGCUGCACAGGCGCACGCCCGUGUACAGUUGUGCAACGCUUACAGAGUGGCUACGUUCAUAUCGUGCAGCUGAUGUAGCACGUGCACUGCGAUACGCACUUCGCCGAGUACGAUUCUGUGUGGCAUUGCUCGACAAGACGGAAAUGAUUACUCGGACGGCGGAAUUCGCACGCAUGUACGGUGUGGACUUUUUCUCGGUUUUAUCGCGAGGCUCGCAAUUCCGAGUUGAGUCGGUUCUGCUGCGCAUAACAAAGCCACGCAGUUAUGUGCUACCGUCGCCGAAUCGUGCCCAAGUCGCACAACAGAAUGCACCAGAGUGUCUUCCGCUGGUUCUCGAGCCAUGUUCCGGGAUGUACCGAGGCCCCGUGGUUGUGCUCGACUUUCAGUCGCUGUAUCCGACGAUGAUGAUGGCAUACAACCUGUGCUAUUCGACUUGUGUUGGCCGCGUGACCCCGUUCAAGGGCUCAUACAAGCUGGGAUUCACGCAACAUGCCGAGUUGCCGCCACGCACAGCAGCAGCCCCCGUAGCAUCACCAGCGACGGCGUGGCAACAGCAGUCACAAGAGCAGCAGCAGCAGGACACCAACGUGUACAUCCUUCCGAACGGACUUGCAUUUGUGCGACCUCAUAUCCGUGAAGGUAUUUUGCCCCGUAUGCUGCAUGAAGUACUCAGUGCACGCAUCAUGACAAAGCACACAUUGAAGCGAUUGCCAAAGGAGGCAGGUCAUGUGCCACAGCGUCGCUUACAGGCACAACAACUCGCGCUCAAGCUGUUAGCCAACGUCACGUACGGGUACUGCGGUGCGACAGCCUCGGGACGUAUGCCAUGUGUGGAAAUAGCCGAUGCAAUUGUGCAGUCGGCACGCGAGACAUUGGAGAAAGCUAUGGCGCUUAUCGAGCAGACACCAGAGUGGGGCGCUGACAUUGUCUAUGGCGACACAGACAGCAUCUUUGUGCACCUCCCUGGCCAAAGCAAAGACGAUGCGUUUCGGAUCGGGCAUGAGAUCGCUGAGCGGAUCACGGCAAUGAACCCUGCGCCUGUGCGCCUGAACUUUGAAAAGGUGUACCUGCCGUGCAUGCUGGUCGCUAAAAAGCGGUAUGCUGGUUAUCGGUUCGACACAAAGGAGCAGGCGCGCGCGACGCUGGAUGUCAAAGGCCUCGAGAUGAUCCGUCGCGAUGGGCAUGUCGCUUUGCAGCGCAUGCAAGAGACGUGCCUGCGUAUCCUGUUUGAAACACACGACAUGACGGCCAUGAAGCGCUACUGUCAGCGGCAAUGGGCUAAGCUAUACACGAACGACGUGUUGCCACUCUACCUGCUCAUGUCGAAAGAAGUACGCAUGGGCACGUAUGCAUCAGGAGCGUCGAUGCCGCCUGGCGCCGCCGUGGCAAUGCAGCGUAUGAGGCAUGAUCCCGCGUAUAUGCCACAUGCAGCUGAGCGUGUGCCGUACUUGAUUCAGCAUGGUGCGCCGAGCGCAAAGCUGCAGGAUCUGGCUUUGUCACCGCAUGAGCUGCUGCGUGUGUGGCCGCUUGCACUGCACAUGGAGUAUUAUGUGCGCCGAACGAUCCUGCCUGCCCUGGACCGGCUCCUUGGCCUGGUUGGCGUGAAUGUGUAUGCGUGGCUCGAAGACAUGCCGAAACAAGUCGGCCGGCCGCGACGACCGCUGCUGUGUCUACCGCCGACUCGGCCAAAUGCGCCCACCCUGCUACAGACGCUGGCGCACACAUGUCUUGUGUGCGGAAAUCCCGGGACGAGUCAGGCACAUCCAUUCUGUAUCGAUUGUCUACGGAAUCCCGAAACGUCUAUGCAGCGUAUCACAAGCGCUCAGCAUGCUGCCGAAGCACAACAGCUGGGCCUUCAUCAUAUUUGCACGGCAUGUGCACAGGAGAUGGAGCGGCCUCCAUGUGAGGCCAUCGACUGUGCAGUUCUGUACAAGCGCAUAAGCAACGACCGGCUCGUACAGCACUUGCACGCUCUGCCGGGCGACCUGGAGCGCGAUCUCGAGCAGACGAAGCCCGGCUCCGACGCUUGGACUUGGUAG